CCCCAUUUCCAUUCGCGUGCAUUGUUCCCGCGUGUUUUUCCCUCCAUGCAUUCCUGACGAUGUCUGAGCUCGCUCCUGAUGAGCAGGUAGCGUCGCCCGUGUCCUGAGGGAUCCCCUCCCACAUCUGGAUCGGCCCGUUGUGCAAGUCUGCGUUCACUGAGACUGUGAGUGGGACAGAGGGCAGUGAGGGACGACACCAGGCUGGACCCCGUCCUGAAGGAGGAACCACCAGAACAAGGAAGCGAGAGGUUCAGAGCAGCAGCGCUCGGGAGAGGAUGACAACAACACAUCAGCAGCUGAGAGCGUGAGCACCGACCUGUAAGUCGGACAGAAUGCUGCUGAACUCCACCAACCAGACCGAGGACGACUUCUCCUGCUUCACCCCCUCGGUGGUGGGCUACCGCUACUUCGCCGUGCUGUGGGGCUGCGUCGUGUGCGUCACGGGCACCGUGGGGAACCUGAUGACCGUCCUCGCCUUCGCCUCGGACGCGCGGCUCCGCACGCGCUUCAACGCGCUCAUCGUCAACCUGGCCGUCGCCGACCUGCUCUACUGCACCGUGCUGCAGCCCGCCUCCGUGGACUCCUACCUGCACCUCAGGUGGCGCGGCGGCCCCCUGUGGUGCCGCGUCUUCGGCCUGCUCCUCUUCCUCUCCAACUCGGUCUCCAUCAUCACGCUCUGCGUGGUGGCCGUGAGCCGGUACCUGCUGGUGGCCAAGCGGGCCGUGUUCGACCGCGUCUUCUCCGACGCCGGCCUGGUUCUGCUGCUGAUCUCGGCGUGGGCGCUGGGCCUGGCCAGCUUCGGUCCGCUCUGGACCGUCUACGUGUUCGUGCCGCAGGUGUGCACGUGCAGCUUCCACCGCACCCGCGGCCGCCCCUACACCACCAUCCUGCUCUUCUUCUACUUCUUCAUCGGCCUGGGCUGCGUCGGCGCCUUCUACCUCCUCAUUUACCGGCGCGUGCGCCUCGCCAAGCGGGCGCUGCUCCGCUACAGGCUCAGCCGGCGGUCGUCCAAAAAGCAGCCGGUGGCCGCAGCGCAGGGCACCGACGACAGCGGCGUGGAGAGCGGCACGGCCGCCACGUGCAGCUGCGAGAUGAGCAGCCAGCUGGAUUUGGAGCACAGUAAGAACGAUCCCGCGCAGUCUUCAUCCAAACCGCCAAAAUCAGCCCCAGCCAACCAGCCCUCAGACGUCAGCCCCGCCCCACAGCCCUCCACCCACGCCCCCGCCGCAGCAUCCUCCCACCCCGCAGCUGCGGGAGACGACGGCGAGUUCAAGCGCGUGACGCGAAUGUGCUUCGCCGUGUUCCUGUGCUUCGUGUUCUGCUUCGUCCCCUUCCUGUUGCUCAACAUCGCCGACAAAAACAACAGCGCCCCGCGGGUGUUGCACAUGAUCUGUGCCAACCUCACCUGGCUCAACAGCUGCAUCAACCCCGUGCUGUACGCCGUGAUGAACCGGCAGUUUCGCCAGGCGUACCGCGUGCUGCUCGGCAGGGCGGCUGCGCCCCUCAGCCGCCUCUGGGCCCGGUAGCGCGGCCUCGGAACCACUAAACGGAAUAGGAGUGGCGUGUGAUGUACAGUGUUGAACGAGAGAACUCUAUCUGUCAGUUUACUUUUUGUGGGAGUCAAAAAGUAAAGCUGAGUGUCAAGAAUCUGGAAAAAACAGACUCAUCAAGUCAUGUUACUUUCCCUAAUAUUACAAACUUGAGGCAUUUGACUGUUACAUGCCUGCGUUGUCAUUUUUUCUGUUUAGCUGUAAUAAUUUGGUUUCUGUUACGUCAUUUUAAAACCACAGAUUACAACAUCGGCACGGGACGUUCCUGAAUAACACACUGCUGAACUUACCGCGUACAUGUGUGAGUCAUUUCAGUGUCUCAACUCUGUGUCUGCUCUGACUUGCUGUAUGAAAGCAGUGAUUUUAAGUGGGGGCCUUUUGAUUCUACGCUGCAUGUCGGUGAAGUUUGUGACACACAAGGCUCACUACAAAAGCCACUGUCGACACAGACGUGAACUGCUCUGCAGCAUUUUGUGUUUUGUUUUUGUCAAAGCGACUUUAUUAUUUGUGUUGAUCCUUAUACCUGUAUUAAGCUGUACGGCAAUAAAUAUAUGCUGUAUUGUGAUAAA